GUGUUCUCGCGGUGGACAAUUUUGAGCGCCUGGAACCAACUCGAAUUGUUACUACUGGAAAUGCAAACAUUGCGAUGAUCAGGUGCUCGAAUCCAGGGUCAUGACAACAGCCUACUUAUCAGGCGCUGGACCAAUGUAACUGCUCCUCUGCGCCAAGCAGCGCGCCUGUUUGUUAUGGACAAGACAGGCAACCUCAGCACCCUUGAUCCAAUUCUUACUUCCGCUGCUUCGAAUUCCCAAUCUGCUUCUGGAAGUUCUACUACCGCCGUAUUCCCAUCAAGAGACGCAAAGCUUCAAAUUUGUCAACCCUAGAUGGAUACGUUGAUCAACGAACCAUUGAAUAAUGCACAAAAUAACCUAGCAAAUGCAAAGCUGCUCCGCUUUUUCAUUCAUGCCAAUAUUCCCAGACGCGUUUUUAUGCAUUGAUUCUCCAAUGUUUAAGUGUGCUAGAGUACGUUCUCCACUUACCCUGGUCUGCAUGCGUCCUCAUGCCAAGAAGAAGACCAAUGGUCUAGCUCCUGUCACAUCUGAGCUUAUAAACACGAUCUUGAAUGACCCCCCCUACUCAAAUUUAUUGUCGAUGCAAUUGAACUUCUUCGCUGCGCAAAGAAGAUGUCCCAGCUCUGCAAUCUUGACUCACAAGUGUGUUGCAGCCCUCUACCAGCCACUCCUCGUACAUCAUACCGCGCUCAAGUCCCUUCAGAAAGAACACAAGAAGCACCUGGAACGCGAGAAAGCUCUUGGUGACAUCUUGACCUCACUCCGCGCUGGCUAUAACCCUAACUAUCAAGAUAUGGCCGUCCUCGAGGCUGUGCGUGGCUGGGAGGCACUAGCAGGAUUACCUCACACAAACGACGUACGCAAGGGUGACGAUGGGAAAGCUGACACUACCGCGGAAAAACCGAAAACAGAUGACGAUAUUGAAGAUGAAGGUCUCUGGAAUGCAGCAAAGAUCGGGAAGGAGUUGGAUCAGUUGUUGAAAACAGAUCAUGUGACGCUGCUGCUAGAACAUGAUUAG